CUCUCGUUUAGAAUGCGUCGGACUUGCUGUAGGUUGAGUUAAUGCGUUGGAGUGUUCUGGUUGUCACUGAAACGGUAGUGGAAAUGCCGAGACGGUGGCGGUCCUUUCUGGAAGUGGUACUGAGUGCGUCAACCAUCGAUGUAUGGCUUGCAGUCUCCGUGGAAUUGAAAUGUGCAUAUAUGAGUUCGAACCAAAUCAUUGUCGAGUGUUGUCAAUGAACAUCGUUGUUGUCAGUGGAACAACUUAUAGCAUUCUAAACCUGUUAGAUCAUUCAUUUGGUUAUGAGACGUGUUAGAGCGAUACCUUAUGCAGGAUUGGAGGAGCCGGAAUGGUUCAUCAUGAGCUUUCAAGAGAUCUACGUUUGACAUGCAGUUGUGUUACUUCUAACAUGUUUUAUUUCCUUUGAUGAUUUCUUAGUUUAUUAAAGUUUGGGAGAGGGAGCUGAAGGGUCAUCCAAGAGAGACGGGAGAAUGAGUCUAGAUAUUUGUCUUUAUAUGGCAUUCUUGUACUGGUUACUUAUAAUUGCUGCAGUUUGUCAUUUCGUUCCUUUUUUAUUCACGAUAUCCAGAAGUUACGUGUCGUUUUCAAAUUGUUAGAAUGAUUGCAAGUCGAAACAAAUUAUUGCAGAUCUUUAGGUAUUGCAUCUUUGAAAAAUUUUUGUAAGGUUGAAAAGAACUUAUCGUUGACUGCUUCUAGUUGAUGACAUCGAGCAUCACCUAUUUUAGGGCAAGGGCAGCUCUAUGGAGUAUUUUAGAUUUGUGAGGAACUGCAGGAAGAUAGCUUGCUGAGGUUUUUGUUCUAAGCAGUUCAAUCGAGGCUUUAUUUUUUACAAAUUCACGAAUCAGGACUCCAAUUUUCAAUAAUUUCGACAAAUCAGGGGAUCAAGGAUGGCUGUGUGAUGGAUAAUAAUCAGGAAGUUUCUGGCGAAGCACAUGUGUUUGAUCCAAGCGAGUAUUUGAAGUUAAAGCCGAAAAAGUCCAUUCUCAAGCAGCCGUCUGCGGAAGAGAGCAAGCGUAUUGCUGAAGAUCGAGCUCAUUUCGAUGAAAUGAACAUCAUUGCAACACAUCAUCCGGCUGAUAAAGAUUACGGGCAUAUGAAGAUUGAGGAACCUAAGACUCCAUACCAUGGAUAUAGCGAUAGCGAAGACGAUGCAGACAAUCAUGUGGCAAAGGCACCACGUCGAGUUUCUCUGGUUGGAGCAGUUGAUCCAGUGAAAUUAGCUGAGAGUAUUAAAGCUGGCACAUCGAUUUCGUCUACGUAUUUCGAAAAAAGUUUAGCGGAUGACGAUGGCGAGAUUGAGCUUACUCCUGAACAGAUUGCCCAUAAAUGUGAAUUUGAGAAGAAGAGAAAAAUGCAUUACAACGAAGGUGCCGCAUUAUUACGAGCAAAAGAAUUGUUAGCAAAGGAUGAGGAAAACAUGGAAUAGAUUUGUUAAUUGGAACCAUAUAUUAAUUCCUUGCAACAAUUUCUACGAAAAUGUGUUUGUGCAGUUGGCAGAUGUUUUCUGACUUUGAUGUUCGCAAUUUGUUUAUUGUUCUGAUUUGAAAUUUCGCUUUCAAAUUUUUGAUUUCUCUUCGAGUGCGUUUUAAAUUUUAGGAAGCAGUAAUCCAAGAAACUCGAAGGAGGUUGCAAGUAAGGAGAAAUACGUAAAGAAAAUUUGUUUCUUACUUUGUAUUUGUUGAAUUUUUCUUGUAAUUCUCAUUUGCUGGUCGGUCACUCUCUUGUAACCUUCAGUAAAUUUGUUAACACAUUUAAUUUCAUUUUCAGUAAUAUUAUACUUUACGAGGAUUAACUAAAAAUCUAGUGCUUUUUGACCGUUUGUAUCAAUUUGUUAGUAAUUAAUAUGUUCCAAAUUCCGUGUGAACUUUAUUGAUCGACAAGUCAACUGCAGUUGAGGUCAUUUUUUAUUGAACAUGCAAUAAUUAUCAAGGGGAAAAUUGGUUUUUGUAUGUCGCCCAUAAUUGAAGCAUGUACUAUUGUAUUCUUUGUUUAGAUUAAUUCAUAGCUUCUUCAGGGUAAUUGCGUUCGUUUCUUCGUGUAUACAAGUAUUUGGCAUAUACGUGGUCGAAAUUCGAAUAUUUCAGGGCUAAAGACAGUUACUUUUUACGAAAUAGUACGCUCAAUAUAUCGAUUCUUUAUGUGUGUGAUAAAGCAUGUAUGCCGUUCAGGCUAUCCUUCAGGUUCUCUUCAUCGCUGUGAACGUUAAUUCGUAUUUUCUGUAUUAUCUUGUGAUUAUAAAGACUUCCCC